CGACGCUUAUUAAUAGCUGCUACUUUUUGCAAUCAAGUUAUUCAUUAAUAAUAUAUAAAUCAUUAAUAUUUUAUCAUUCUUAACUUAUUUUUAGCAAAUAAAUUUGGGGUUGGUUAGGUCCGACUAUAUGGUGCAUACCUUAGCAUCCAACAGUUUAAAACAGGUGGAGUUUAACACUAUCGCCUCUAGUUUUGGAGGAAUUUCCUCCCAAAUGAUCAAUUUGCAUAGAUUUGUUCUCGAAAGACUAGGAUUAACUGAUAAAUUAAAAGAUCUUCCAGAAAAUCAUGCUCUUAAAGGGCUUUGUGAAGGGAUGGUUGAAGCGUGGAAAAUAUAUGGUAAUAAUGAAGCUGUCAUAAUGUUCGUGAUUGAAGACAUUUCAUAUAAUAUUUGUGAUCAAAGAUUUCAUGAAUUUGAAAUUCAAAAGAUUAAUCGAAAUACAAAAGUUAUUAGAAGAAAUUUGACGCAAAUAGCUCAAACAGGGAAACUGUCUGCAAGUAAUGAACUGAUUGUUGAAGACUAUACAGUUGCAGUGGUAUAUUAUAGAGCCGGUUAUGAACCAGGUCAUUAUCAUUCUCAAAAGGAAUGGGAUGCACGAUUGCUAAUUGAAAGAUCACAAGCCAUAAAGUGUCCUUCAAUACAAUACCAUUUGGCAGGAACAAAGAAAGUCCAACAAGCACUGGCGAAAAGUGGCGCAUUAGAAAUGUUUUUAAGCGAUAAAAAGAAAAUUGAAGAAGUAAGAGGUGUGUUUACAGGCUUAUACAGUUUAGACUUUGAUGAACUAGGAGAUCAAGCUGUUCGGAUGGCUAUUGAAAGUCCAGAAAGAUUCGUGUUAAAACCGCAACGAGAAGGGGGAGGUAAUAAUAUUUAUGGUGAUCAAAUAAGAGAUGCAAUACUGAAGAUUAAGGAAAACAAAGAACGUGCUGCAUGGAUUUUAAUGGAUAGAAUUCAACCACCAAUUAUACAGGGAUACAUAGUUAGACCUGGAGGACAAAAAAACUUAGAAGUUUCAGAAUUGGUGUCAGAGUUAGGAAUUUUUGGGUUAAUAAUUGGUGAUUCAACAAACAUAAUGAUUAAUCGCCAAGUAGGGCAUAUGUUAAGGACAAAAACAGCAAGUGCUAAUGAAGCAGGUGUUGCUGCAGGUGCAGGUGCUUUAGAUAGUCCCUAUUUGGUUGACUAAUGAUACUUUUCUAUUGUAUUUUAAAAUGGAAUAAAUAUUAGUAAUAUUAGUAAACUGGAGAAGUUUGUAUAUCAAAUGUUAUUCUUCUAAACAUGUCCAUUUUUUCGAUAAAACUUUGCUUAAAAGAUA